AUUAAUUCUAAAGUCAAUGAAAGUUUGGUGUUUUUUUGGCGAGCCCCAAAAUUCAUGUUUGUUUUGGCAAUUCGUGUAAAGUUGAUGUUUUUUUUGGCCGAAUUCUCCUUGAAAAUCCCAUUUGUAAAGACUAAAGAGAGAACUUGAGUGAACAAUCUCAUACUACAAAGAAAAAAAACAGAAGCCUUGAUGGAGCACAGAGGUUUCGCUAGAUAUGUAAACGUAUUUAAUGGCAAGAGAGCAAGAACCGAUCUUGUCAGCUUCUAUGAAUGGGAUCUCAAGCUUGAAUUCCUCCUCAAUGGCCAUCAAUAAAUAUCUCCAGUGUCCAAACUAUCCAAUCCCAAUUCCUUUUCGAUAUGAACAUCAAGUAUGGUUUAGAUUGAUAUCAAGGAACGAAAUAAAAAGAUGUAACUGAUACAUUUGAUUUGGGUAUUUUGUUCUCUGUUCUAAUUUUAAAACGACAAAUUAAGUUUCAAUCACCGUUAACAAUUAACGUCACAUACACGAGAAUAUAUGUUGACCAAAAGUAAUACCAAAAUGGCUUGGUCAACAUAACUUUGGUAUUUAUUUGACCUAAUGAAGAGUUUGUAUUUUAUUUGGCAAAAAUAAGAAAGUUUGGUAUUUAAAUGACCGUUUUCUCAAACUAUAUGGUAUGUAUAAUUUGUUUUAUCUGAAGUCAGUAGACACUAACACUGGCACCACCUCCUUUAAUACGGUGAUCUUUUAAUAUAAAAAUCCUUACGAAUACUUUAUUUCUGUGUCGUAUAAUAAUUAUGUGGUAAACCAAUACAAUAAGUUAUUAAGUAACUGAUGACAACGAAUGGAUAAACUUCCUUUCUGAUUCCUUUCACACAGGCCACAGCCAUAUGAAAAUAUUAAAACACUACUACUUGUCACGUAUAAUAUUUGUUUUCAUGUGGUUAGAUCCCCGAUUACCAACUAAACCGCCUAUAUAUGUUUAAAUAUUUUGUUUUCUGUUUUAAUUAGAUUGUGCUCCAAUUAGAAGCUCAAUAUAUGUUGACAAAAAGAAAAGAAGCUCAAUAUAUAUUAUUUUCUCUUGUCUAUUAUUGUCCACCAUCAUAAGUUCUAAUUUUUUAUUUUGACAUUGAAAGGCUAUUCUAUUAAGUUUUAAUUUAAAAGUCAAUGAAUAUAUAACUUAAACUUGUUAUCGAAUAUCUCAAACAUUUAAAACUUCUUUUCAUAACAAGUGCAUACAGCCUAGCUUGGCUUACAGACUUAUAAUAUUUAGACACGUCCAUAACAAAAAAGAAGAGAAUUUCAUUUAAAUUUUUUUUUUUGUCUCCACUUUCGUUUUAGUUUUAGAACUACUUACUCACUCUUUAUUACGAGAAAAAAAAUAUCUACCUACUGAUUGAACAACGUUCUUUUCUUCUUGUUUUGUUUUGUUUCAGAAUUUGACUUCCAUUUCAUAGUCAGAAAUAUAACUGUCAUGCAACACGACAAACCAAUCAUUUGAGACAAUUUAGCAAGAUUAUAUAUAAUUUGAUCGUCAUGCAUGACAUUAUCAACACGCUAACGAACCAAACUUAAUUAAAAUAAAACUAACAAGUUUGUUAAAAGAAAACAAUUAUCAAGCACCAACCCAGCUAAAGUAUAUUUCCUUGUUAAUACAGAUAAUUGUCGUACAGUGAUUUAAAAAGCACAAGGAAACAAAAAAGUCACUGUAGGCUGUACUAGCUAGUGUAUAUAUAAACGAGUUCGUUGUCAGAAACUUCGAAGUCUUUCCCUUCCUUUUCGGUUUGACAAAAAAUCUAAGAAACAGACGAAAAGACGAUGGACGGAAGAGUCAACGCUCUUUCAAACCUAAACGACCUAGAAGUAUACAACUUCUUGGUCGAUCCAAACUUCGAUCAGUUCAUUAAUUUCAUCAGAGGAGACGAUCAAGCCAUCGAAAACCCACCUCUCGACUUCGAUCUUGGUGGUCGUCCUUUACAAAACAACUCAUGUUUCAUCGACCAGAACCAGUUUGUCCCAACACCUGUCGUUGACCUGUUCAACGAACUGCCUGACCUAGGUUCCAAUGUCACCGAGUCGUUCCAUAGCUUCGAGGGCGAGAGUGUCAAACCCUGCGGUGACGACGACGACUACAACGACGGAGAUGAUUCUUCGGCCACCACAACAAAUAAUGAUGGAAGCCGUAAAACGAAGACGGAUAGGUCGAGGACUUUGAUCUCCGAGAGAAGGAGGAGAAGUCGUAUGAAGGAUAAGCUCUACGCAUUGAGAUCUCUUGUUCCCAACAUUACUAAGAUGGAUAAAGCAUCCAUUGUGGGAGAUGCGGUGUUGUAUGUUCAAGAAUUGCAAUCACAAGCCAAGAAACUGAAAGCCGAUAUCGCGGGCCUUGAAGCUUCUUUAAACUCUACUGGAGGGUACCAAGAACCUGCACCAGACGCUCGCAAGACUCAAACUUUUCAGAGUAUUAAGUCUCCUUCCAAGAAUAUCAUUGAGAUGGAUGUUAUUCAAGUGGAAGAGAAAGGAUUCUAUGUGAGGUUGGUGUGUAAUAAAGGAGUAGGUGUUGCUCCAUCACUCUACAAGUCUUUGGAGUCUCUUAGAAGCUUCCAAGUGCAAAACUCCAACCUAAGUUCUCCUUCUCCUGACAGAUACCUUUUAACAUAUGCUUUAGAUGGGACAUGUUUCGAACAGAGCUUGAACUUGCCUAACCUGAAGCUGUGGAUCACUGGAUCACUUCUAAACCAAGGCUUUGAAUUCCUCAAACCAUUCACUUGAUUUUGUCAGUGUAAUGCGAUGUUCCAAUCUAAUUCAACCUCCGUUAUGCAUCCAUUGGUUGUCUUGCUUUCUGUAUGUUUUAUAACUACCAGGGAUCUAAAGUUAAUUCUAUAUGGGAUGACAUCUUGUUAUAGAUCUCAUUCAGGGAAGAAAUGUUUAGUUAAAAUGGAAGUACUUUUUACACUUUUGUGUAUAGACUCAAGUUUUUUGUUCACUGCAUUACUGCCUUGUGAUUUCUUGAA